AUAACAUUCACUGAUCACCUUUUCUUCCCCCAACACUUUGGCACCAUUUUCUCUCUAAGCUAAUUUUACUCGAAUAGUUUUUCACUUAAUAUAUAUAGUGAUGGCUGGCGGAGGACUGUCCGUGGCCGCAGCCGGAGGUGUCGAGUUUGAGGCGAAAAUUACGCCUAUUGUAAUAAUAUCAUGCAUUAUGGCCGCUACUGGUGGUCUUAUGUUUGGUUACGAUGUUGGUGUUUCAGGUGGAGUGACGUCUAUGCCCGAUUUUUUGAAGAAAUUUUUUCCGGUGGUUUAUAAAAAGACAGAAGAAGGUGAUCUUGGUAGUAAUUACUGCAAAUAUGACAAUCAAGGCUUACAACUUUUCACUUCCUCAUUGUAUCUCGCCGGACUUACAUCAACGUUUUUCGCGUCGUACACAACGAGACGGCUUGGAAGAAGGAUGACGAUGUUGAUUGCCGGAGUUUUCUUCCUCUUUGGAGUCGGUUUUAAUGCCGGUGCCCAAGACCUUGCCAUGCUCAUUGUUGGAAGGAUUUUACUUGGUUUUGGUGUUGGUUUUGCUAAUCAGGCUGUUCCAGUUUUCCUAUCAGAAAUAGCACCAACAAGGAUUCGUGGGGGCCUUAACAUUUUGUUUCAACUUAAUGUCACUAUUGGGAUUCUCUUCGCCAACCUAGUCAAUUACGGCACUGCAAAGAUUCACGGUUGGGGAUGGAGACUCUCCUUAGGAUUAGCAGGAAUCCCAGCAUUGCUCCUGACCGUAGGCGCAUUGUUGGUGGUCGACACACCCAACAGUUUGAUCGAGCGUGGCAAACUAGAAGAAGGAAAGGCGGUACUAAGAAGGAUCCGUGGAAUAGAUAAUGUCGAACCAGAGUAUUUAGAGCUCGUUGAGGCUAGUCGUCUUGCUAAAGAAGUGAAACACCCUUUCCGUAAUCUUUUACAACGUAAAAAUCGCCCACAACUUAUUAUUGCAGUUUCUCUCCAGUUUUUCCAACAAUUCACUGGUAUCAACGCUAUCAUGUUCUACGCCCCAGUUCUUUUCAACACAUUAGGGUUCAAGAAUGACGCUUCACUCUACUCGGCUGUGAUUACUGGAGCAGUAAACGUUCUAGCGACUAUUGUAGCUAUUUACGUGGUUGACAAACUUGGUAGACGGUUUCUAUUACUACAAGCAGGAGUCCAAAUGUUCUUGUCACAAAUUGUGAUUGCAAUAAUUCUAGGCUUCAAGGUUACCGAUACCUCAGAAAACCUUAGCUCUGGCAUUGGAAUCCUAGUGGUGGUCAUGAUUUGCACAUAUGUGGCUGCGUUUGCGUGGUCAUGGGGUCCAUUGGGUUGGCUAAUUCCUAGCGAAACGUUCCCUCUAGAGACAAGGUCAGCCGGUCAAAGUGUGACGGUUUGCAUCAACUUGGUGUUCACAUUUCUUAUAGCACAAGCGUUUUUAUCUAUGCUUUGUCAUUUCAAGUACGGGAUCUUCUUUUUCUUUUCGGGUUGGGUGUUUAUCAUGUCGUUUUUCGUUUGGUUUUUGGUUCCUGAGACGAAGAAUAUACCGAUUGAAGAAAUGACCGAGAGAGUUUGGAAGAAACAUUGGUUGUGGAAGAGGUUCAUGGAUGAUGAUGAAUACAUACAAGAUGAUUUGCCCAAGAAGAAUGGCUUUGAAGAAAAGCUAUAGAUUCAAAGUUCUUUUCCUUAGAACAAAAACAAUAGAGAAAAAUUGCUAAAACUACAUAAAUAAAGUAAGGGGGUUAUUUGGUUUUA